AUGGUGGAGUUCAUAAAAUAUAAAGGGUUCGACCAUGUCUGGCAAUACUCUGGACCUUGGCUUUGGUGGCUCGUAGGGUUCUAUUUAUGCCUUCCCUUGACAGCAUAUGUCAUCUUGCCAUAUUUCACUACCAAAGGUACAUUCUCUGGAUCGAGAAGGACGAUUUCAAUAUUUGUGCUAGGUGACUUAGGACAUUCACCUAGAAUGAAUUACCAUGCCAGGUCUUUUUCGAAAUUAGAAUAUUUUGUCAAUUUAUGUGGAUACUUAGAAAGUCAGCCUCCAGUGGAAAUUAUUGAUGAUAUUAAUAUUGAAUUAUAUCCCAUUGCCGCAAUAAAGAACACAUCAAACUUGCCAUACAUACUAUUUGCCUUGAGGAAAAUAUCUGCUCAAGUUUUGCAAUUGGUAAAGCUCUUACUCAAAUUCAGAGGAAGUGAAUACAUUAUGAUUCAAAAUCCACCUUCAAUCCCAAUCCUUUUUAUUGCUAUUGUUUUCAUCAAGAUAUUCAGUAGAGAAACAAAACUCAUAAUUGACUGGCAUAACUUAAAUUAUAGUAUUUUGAAUUUGAAAUUUCAAAAUGAAGAACAUUACUUAGUUAAGUUCUUGAAAAAUUAUGAAAGAAUAUUAGGUAAAUAUGCCGACCUUAAUAUAACCGUUACUAAAAAAAUGAAAGAAUUUUUAAUUGAAGAAUUUGGAAUAAAGAAGAAGAAAAUAAUUACUUUACAUGAUAGACCUGCAGAACAAUUCGUACCUUUCAGUGGUAAUCCAAAGGCGAAAAUUGAACUUAUGAACUCUUUUGAUCUUUUCAACUCAAUUGAAGGUAUAGAAAAGUAUAAGGUUUUAGUAAGCUCCACUUCGUUCACCCCUGAUGAAGAUUUUAACAUUUUGUUGGAUGCCUUAAAGAAAUAUGAUACCUCUUUGAAUUCUCUGCUUCCUCCAAUACUAUUGAUUGUCACCGGUAAAGGUCCAUUGAAAAAUCAAUUUACUCGAAGAGUUGAGGAAUUACAAUUCCUGAAAAACGUCAUAAUCAAAUCCGCAUGGUUGUCUUUCGAAGAUUAUCCUACAAUUUUGUCUUUAGCAGACUUAGGUAUUUCAUUACAUACUUCGUCUAGUGGUAUAGAUUUGCCAAUGAAAAUUGUUGACUUUUUUGGUGUUGGAGUACCAGUGAUUUCUUUAAACUUUCCUGCAAUUGAUGAACUUGUAAAAGACGAAGUCAAUGGAUUUGUGACAAAAAACAAUAAAGACUAUAGCAUCAAGGAAAGUGACGAGAUUUAUAGACUCUUGAUAAAAGUAUUUUCUGAUUCUAAUCAAUUGGCAAAAAUUAAAAAAGGUGCCAUAGAGGAAAGCAAAAAAAGAUGGGAUCAGAAUUGGGAUGCUAAAUUGGGAAGUAAAUUCACUUACUAUCAAGAAGUCGUUAACUAA